ACAGUUCAGUCAAACUCUCCUAUAUGCAGCAUCUACUUGGCUGGGGACACUUUCAAUCUGGAUUGCCUCUUGGUGUUUUCACACCUCAUUUUUUCGCCCAAAGCGAAUUAUCUUUCUUAUUAUGCGAGUUGUUGGUUAAGCUGAGCCCAAAAUUGUCUUUUUCCGUUAAUUUUGUGGAAAAGGUGUUUGAUUUUAAGGAGCAACUUCAGUCCCAAAAUCAGCAACGAUGAACAAGAAGGGGAUGAUGAUGGAAAUCCACACGAAGAUAAGAAAAGAGCCGUUCACUUCCAAUUAUGAGCUGCUGGGCAAAGAACUGGGCAGGGGAAAGUUUGCUGUGGUGAAGAAGUGCACCGAGAAGGCCACAGGAAAGCAGUAUGCUGCCAAGUUUCUGCGAAAGAGACGGAAGGGAGCGGACUGCCGCAUGGACAUCUUCAACGAGAUUGCUGUGCUGGAGUUGGCCAAGGCUAAUCCCUAUGUGGUGGGACUGCACGAGGUCUACGAAACCAACUCUGAAAUUAUCCUUGUGCUGGAGUGUGCUGCAGGUGGAGAGAUUUUCGACCAGUGUGUGGCUGAUAACGACGACGCCUUCACAGAGAAAGAUGUAAUACGACUGGCUAAGCAGAUCCUGAACGGAGUGGCCUUCCUGCAUCGAAAUAAUGUCGUCCACCUGGAUUUGAAGCCCCAGAACAUCCUGUUGACCAGCGCUAGGCCCCUUGGGGACAUUCGCAUUGUGGACUUUGGCUUGUCCAGAAGGAUGGACAAGAUCUCAGAGGUCAGAGAGAUUCUUGGUACCCCAGAAUAUGUUGCACCAGAAAUCCUGAACUAUGAACCCAUCAGCACUGCUACAGACAUGUGGAGCAUCGGGGUCCUGAUCUACGUCAUGCUGACGGGCGAGUCUCCCUUUCUGGGUGAUGACAAGCAGGAGACAUUCCUCAACAUUUCUCAAGUCAAUAUAGACUACUCCCAGGACACAUUUGAAGGGAUCUCCUCCCUGGCGGUUGACUUUAUCAAGUCCGUAUUGGUGAAAAACCCCAGGAAGAGAGCAACGGCAGAAGAAUGUCUCAAUCACCCCUGGCUGAACCCCCACCCUCAUUCCCACCCGCACCUCCACACAACAUCGGCAUCCUCCCUGGAUGAGCCCGAGAUGAGCCAGUCUGAAUCGGAGCCUGAGAGCCCGGCUCCAUCCCCGGAGCUGGGACCGUUUGGAUCCUUCCUCAUGUGUCCGGGUCAAGGCGGACUAAAGGCGGGCCGCGAUGCCUUUUCCUUCAGUGAGCCGCCUUUCCCCACACGACCCGAAAUAAAGCAGGAGCUGAUAUGCUGACCCAUGUUGUGGUGAAGGACUAGGUCUAUCCAAACUCCAUGGAGCAGAGGCUGAGAGCCAGUGAGCCUGCAGCUUCAGGGGCCCGCGCGCUGCGGCUGCUUCCUGCCUGGCAGCUUUUACUGCUGUGAUGUCUUUAAACUGAGCUGUUUGCGGCUUCAUACGUCUGCCUUUUCUGUGACCGUGCUUUUGAACUAAUUUGGAAAACUGCACAUGAGAAGCAUUCGAGGAAGGAUGGAGCAGAAAAAAGUGGGAAAUGGCACACAAGGACCUUGUUGCACGACCGCCCUGCUGCCUUAUAAGUGACAGAACUGAACCGAGCUCAGCUGCACACUGUCUACUUCCCUCCCGGCACCGUUUCUUUUCACCCACACAGCCAGUUGGACUGGGUCGCAGCUUAUUCGUUCGUCACGUAUCAGAAUUAUUUAUCUCUCAGUUGACUUGUACAUACUUUUUUUCUGUAAUCCUUUGACGGUUAAGAAUUGAAACUUGCUUCUAUUUAAGAAAAAGAAAGGAAAUGGAACAGAGGGCAGUGCCUAUGCUGAAGCCAGACAUUAAAUGUUUUUUUAUGUUUAUUUAUGUUUUUCUCAUAUUGCCUCAGCCCCUUAACCUUCAAGCCACUUAAAAACUGAGUUUAAGGCUGAUAAAGUAGCAUUCUUGUUUUGUUUAUUUGUUUUUUUAAGACAAUCUUGAGCACUUUUUUUAUUUUGUCUGUUGGAUUAAAGGCUUGUGAAGCAUAAUCCAUUGUUUCACAGUGUACUGUACAUACAAACUGUUCUCCCUCCCUCUGGUUUUGCCAUAUCCUCUGAAUUUAUUGUGCCAUGUUUUUCAGACCCUCUUUUUUUCUGUUUAAACUUACAUUUUGGGCUAUUGCACAGGUUGCACAAGACGUUUUUGGAGCUAUUUGGGAAGUUUUUCGUUUCUCUCGAUUUCAUCAUCUUUGUCCAAACAAAGAGGAAACCUUUGAUGUUUGAAAGCAUCUGAUCGAUUGUUUAAUUUGUACUGAGACCAUAAUCACAUGAUCGGCAUCUAUAUAAAUAUGUGCUUCCUGCCAUCAGAGAAAUCUGUAAGAAUGUCAGAGAAUAAGGAAAGUACAAAGUUUAUGAGUUGUUGUCGGGAUUAGUCUGCUAAACAAAAAGCUUUCUACCAUUUUCUCAAUGUUCAAAAUCCAUACGAUAUUCCCUUUUUUGUAAAGUAACUGACUUAUUCCUGUUGUUUUCUGCUCUUGAAUUUCAGGAAGGUUUGCACUUGUCCGUGUGGACAUCAUGUUAAUAUAAAAUAAAUGUUUGUUUAUGGCAUGCAUUGCAAAAUGUACUAAGAAAAAAAAUGAAAAUACAUCGGCUUUUGUAU